UCAUUAGAACAUUGCUCUCUGCUUUGGCCCCAAUUGAUGAGAGCGUUAUUCAGCUCACACCAAAUUAUACUUCCUUACACAUUUAUUUAAUUUAAACAGGAAUUAAGUUGAUAUCUUUUUUGUUUUCUGUAUUUCAAAUCAGAAGAACUGGGCGGAGCUUUUGGCGCGAGGACGCUUGUUUUUCUUUUUGUUGUGUUUUUUUUUUUUUUAAGUGAACCAUGCUAGCGUUGCUAGCUAAUUAGCCUUCGUGUCGUUGCCUGCUCUGUCGCCCGGGACAUUAAUGCCAUCAGCCAGGAACUCAGGUCACAUCAUGAGCGGGACGAGCUGCAAAGCUAACAGCGCCGUGUACCCCGCUUCAUCCGCGAUGAUGAACUCGGUGAAGAAGCCGAAGAUGGAGCAGAUCCAGGCCGACCAUGAGCUCUUCUUACAGGCCUUUGAAAAACCUACUCAGAUAUACAGAUUCCUGCGUACAAGGAACAUCAUUGCACCCAUAUUUUUGCACAGGACCCUCACCUUCAUGUCUCACCGAAAUAAUCGCACAAAUGCCAGAAGGAAAACAUUCAAAGUGGAUGAUAUGUUAAAGACGGUAGAGAAAAUGAAGACAGAGCAGGAUUCUCCAAGCUUGUCUUCACAUCUACAGUUAACGUUCACCGGGUUCUUCCAUAAGGAUGAAAAGCCAUCUCAGAACUCAGAAAAUGAGCAACAUUCUGUGUCUCUAGAGGUGCUACUUGUCAAAGUCUGCCAUAAAAAACGAAAGGAUGUCAGCUGCCCUAUAAAACAAGUGCCUACCGGUAAAAAGCAGGUGCCUUUGAAUCCUGACUCUAAGCAGACCAAGCUGGGCUCCUGCCCCUCUUUACUGGUCCCCAGCAAUGAGUUUGAGCCCAGCAACAGUCACAUGGUGAAGUCCUACUCGCUCCUCUUCAGGGUGUCACGCACUGGGAGAAGCGGCCUGGUCAACGGGGAGGUCAAUGAGAACAUAGAUGUAACAGAAACUCAUAGUAGAAAAAAAAGAAGUUCAGCCCACAGAGAGGAGGCAGGGACCACAGAGACCUACAUCGCACAGAUGACAGUUUUUGAUAAAAAUCGGAGGCUGCAGCUGCUGGAUGGCGAGUACGAAGUGUCAAUGCAAGGGUUGGAUGAAAGUCCUGUGAGCAAAAAACGAGCCACAUGGGAAACAAUCCUUGAUGGCAAGAGAAUCCCACCAUUUGAGACGUUUUCUCAGGGACCAACACUGCAGUUUACACUGCGUUGGACAGGUGAUGCCAGUGCGAAGUCCACCGCCCCGGUAGCCAAGCCUCUUGCAACUCGCAACUCAGAAACCACCAGCCCAAUGGAGACCCGGACCAGCCACCACCGCGCAGCCCUUAUGAAGAAACAUUCAACAGAGAUCAACUCAUGUAGCACACAACUAAAGUCAGUGAAAGAGUCAGUCAGCACAGACACUCAGACGAGGAAAGAGCAGGUCUCGUCUGAGCCGCGGCAGAAGCUCCGUAUAUUUUAUCAGUUCCUCUACAACAAUAACACACGGCAGCAGACUGAGGCCAGAGAUGAUCUCCACUGUCCCUGGUGUACUCUGAACUGCAGUAAACUCUACAGCCUGCUAAAACACCUCAAGCUCUCCCACUCGCGCUUCAUUUUCAACUAUGUGCCUCACCCUAAAGGAGCGAGGAUAGACGUGUCCAUCAAUGAAUGCUAUGAUGGCUCCUAUGUUGGCAACCCUCAGGACAUCCACAGCCAGCCCGGCUUUGCUUUUAGCCGAAAUGGACCAGUCAAAAGAACCGCGGUUACUCACAUACUGGUUUCCAGGCCCAAAAGGACCAAACCAAGUUUGUCUGAGUUCUUGGAGUCUGAGGAUGGAGAGCUGGAGCAGCAGAGGACCUACGUCAGUGGACACAACAGGCUCUACUUCCACAGCGACAGCUGCAUGCCCCUGCGGCCUCAAGAGAUGGACGUGGACAGCGAGGACGAGAGGGACCCAGAGUGGCUCAGAGAGAAGACCGCCACGAUGGAUUUUGUGCCCCCUUCACUGACUUUGGGCCCAAUUAGGGUUUGCAUUCCACAGUUUGAGAUCCAGCUGCAAAAUGAAUGUAUGGGAACUGAAUUCAAAUGUUCCAAUGCUAGCUCUAUAAACCGUUUGGAAGACUUACUUUUUCCUCUUUUUCUUUUUUUCCCAUCUAGCUUUAUAGCGGACAACCAGAUGCCUCAAGCCGUCAUGCUUUUCGUUGAGAAGUGCGGUGCUCACAUCAUCCGUCGCAACCUUUGCCGCAACUUCCUCUUGCACUUGGUCAGCAUGCACGACUUCAACCUGGUGGUUACAAAAGACAUCGACGACGCCAUGAUAGCCCUGCGAAAAAUUCAAGAUUCGCUGCCGGACACCAAGGAGGAGCAGCAGGACGACAUGUUGGGAUCAGUGGGAGUCUACAACAGCAGCACAGUCACAUCCAGCGGAGGGAAGCAGGGCAAGAGGACAAAAAGUGCUCUGACAGACUGAUGGCAGUGUGGAUAUGACCUGAGGGUUUAUGGUUUUUAUAUUCUGGUAAAUUAAGGAACUUUUCCAACCCUUUGGUGCUUACACAUGAUAACAAACUGGUAGUCAGAGGAUGUGAACUGACCAGGGCUGAGGCUGAACAGGUUUCUGAAACUUGUGAACUGAACCAAAUAUGUAAAAUAUGACAGUGAAUCACCCAGGUCUGCUCAAACCCAGAGAUUCAGGACCCAAGACGAGCCUUUUACCUUUCAUUACAUAGGAGCCACAAAGGUCCCUAUUCAUUGAUGGGAGAAAGAACAGUGUCUUCUCUUGUGGCAGAACUGUUUCCACCAAGUAGUGGAGGAUUGUAUGAAGGCUACAGGUAGAAGUGUACUGAGAACGUUGUCAACGUUUGUACAAAAAAUGUAACAAUGUUUAUAACUGAGGGGAUUAUUUUAGCACUUGGUUUUAUUUAGAAAGUUUAAUCUGAACUUUAAACAGUAAUGCGCCACAUCCAGUUUUGAGAAUGGUGGACAAAUUGGCCGUGGAUCGAGUGUAAUUUAAAUGGUCUAAACGGAUAAACGUGGCCUAUGGAAGAAAAUCAGUUUUCUAUGUUAAAGCCUGGAAUGAAUCCUGCAUAGCUUGUGUUUGGGAUCCCGACGUUGUUAAUGUCGGCAAGUUAUUAUGAAAAAAGUGUUUGUAGUAUGAGCUUCGAUCAUUAACCUGGCAAAUCUGAUCAAUGCAAAUUUGGUUUUCAUCCCUAUUAAGUGUUUUUGUCAAAAAGAAUGCAUUGGAGUAUUUUUUGUUUCCUAGAAACCAGCAGCACAUUACUCUGUUGCAUGUUCAGUGAGUAGUAUCAAUAAUAGCAUUCUUGGUUUUCUCACGUCAGCUUCUGCAUCGUUUCCUAUUUUAAUUCACUAUUGAUUUAAAAGGCAUCAUCUGUAGCGGAGUUAAAUAAUGUAUUCAUGUAAUCACACGAGCAGUUUUUAGGUGUGUCCUUUUCCUGGUGUAGUUACAAACAGGUUCUCUCUAAUAGCAGUAGGCUAUUUAUUUUAAUGGUUGGAAGUUGUUAGAUACAGUUUAUACCAAAGGGGAGUGCUUUCAUCAUUUUCUUUUUCAUUUUAAUUACAUCAAACCUUUCUUCAUCAAAAAAA